AUGGGAAGCCUCGAGGGCUGCUGUGGGGAAGUUAUGGGAAUACAAAUGCAAUGGAAACUAAUUGUUAGUGCCUUUGACCAGCCACCACAUUAUCACGAAAAGGUCUCCUUCGCGGACCUCGUUACGGAUACUGACAAACAAGUUGAGGACUUGGUGAAGUCUCGAAUUCUCGAAACGUAUCCCGAUCAUAAAAUUAUAGCAGAAGAAAGCACCUCGGGCCGGUCCAUUUUGACCUCAGACCCGACUUGGAUUGUUGAUCCGAUUGACGGGACUUCCAAUUUCGCCCAGUUCGCGGUUGUCUAUAACCCAAUAUGCGACCAAAUGUUUUAUGCAGAACGAGGCAAAGAGUUGCACAGUGCUCUCAUACUCACCGAUUGGGGAGGUGAUAGGAAUGCCUCAAACUUAGAUACCAAGGCUGCAAAUAUUCGUCGCCUUAUAUCUGAAGCUCGCGGGGUGCGUACAAUGGGUUCGGCGGCGUUGCACAUGUGUCAAGUGGCUGCAGGUCAGGGUGAUGUCUUCUUCGAAUUUGGCAUCCAUUGCUGGGACUAUGCUGCCGCCAGCCUCAUCGUCACUGAGGCGGGCGGCUAUUGCUGUAACGUCGAUGGUGGUCCAGUGGAUUUGAUGGCUCGUCACUGCGUGGCAGCUUCAAGCAAGCAGCUAGCGGAGGUGAUAUGCCAAAAGAUUGUUCCAAUAUCUUACCCGCGAGAUUAA